ACCUUGGCGGGGAGCACCAGCGGUGCCAUCUACAGAGAACUUGUGUGUUUGUGGUACGUCAGGAGUACCUACUGGCGAGCACUGGAGCACCACCUGCACUGUUCCCUGGCUACUAUGCGUCUCAAUACCCGUCUGGUGCAGGUAUAUCCCGAGGUGGCAUGAUGCCAGGAAGUGAGGAGCGAUGGCGGGAUGGGUCUGGUGCUGCUGCUGCUGCUGGAGCUCUUGGUCACCUUUUGGAACGUAUGACCAAUGAUUUUACACCCCAGCAUGAUUCCCAUCAUUACCAACCUGGAUUUGUUCCCUCUGUCACACCUCCAUGGACAACAUCUGGACAGACACCACUUACAAGUUUAGGGUCUCCAAUGCCUCCUCUGCAAACUUCACACACUAGCCUUGUAUCACAAAUGUCCUCAUUGCAGCCAAAUCACACCAGUCUUGGGUCACAGGUGCCCUCAAUGCAAUCUGCACACAACAACAUGGGGCCUCAGAUGACUCCUUUACAAUCUUCUACUACAAGUGCUUCGGGAGGACUGCCUCCACCUCCUCAACUUAGUGGGUCAGGAGCAAGAAGUUACUCUGUCAGCCAAGACCUGUUUUCAGAAGUAGAUGGAGGGCGCAGUCCACUUUUAAGGUCAUCUUCGGAUUUAGGCCUUCGUUUGAACCAUUACCAUGCUCAAGGAAAUCAUUAUAAUGAUGGUAGACUGGAUGGAUUCAUGGAUUCGAGCAUGGACUCCUUGGAUGGUAUGUUGGUUGGAGGUCAUGAUCAGCCCUUUUACUUGGAAGUGCAAAGAGGGCCAAGUGUAUCAUCAGGAACUCCGCCACUUCAAGGAGAUCCACAGGGUCUUACACCUUCUGCAGUACCUCAUCCUGAGUUCAGCUUUUAUUCCCAUGAAAAUGACAGAAUAAUGGAUGGAGAUAGUGUCAGCAAUAUUUCAGCAAAAUUUUCAAAUUUUACUGCCUCUUUGGGUAGUUGGUUUAGCCCUUUCGAUCCAUUUCGCAGCAAUCUCACAGUUGCUCAGACUAAAACUCCAUGUGUGUCUCAGGCUGCUGCUGUUAGUACAGGCAUGAAAACUCCAUUAACUAGUGAGGCCACACUGUCAUCUCGGUGCACUACUAAUGUCAGGAAUGUGCAGGUGACAACCUCUCAACCUACAAAAACUAAUAAACCUUCAUAUUCCGAUGUACUAAGUAAGAACCCAGCACAGGAAGGUAAAUUAAAUACAAGUGGACCAGCAGUAAAUAGUCGUAGUAGCAGUAGCAACAGCAAUAGUAGCAACAGUAACAUAACGAGCCAUCCUCCACAGUCACCCUCCCCUGGCCCAGCAACAUCCCGUCCGGAACAGAAGACUCGCUGCCAACCCGGUAGCAAUGGAAAGACCAAGCCUCGUAACUCCUGCAGUGCCAGCAGUAAUACUAGUAAUGGUAGCAAUACUGGCAGUGUUGGUCAUGGCAGUAGACUAGCCAGCAAGGGGGAAAAUCACAUUUCCUCUUCUCGCGUUGGCUUGGAUGACUUUGAUUUGACCGAGGGAAACCUAAGCAACGGCAACAUUAGUGCUUAUGAGCAUUAUGACUGGGGUGAAGGCUCUACUGUAAUCCUUGGAAAUGGACCAUCACUUUUUAAAGCAUCAACCAACAGCCCAGUGCACCAAGCAAAGAAAUGUACUAUUAAAGGUGAUUUAAGAAAAAGUGGUCUAGAGAAGACAAGCAAUAGCAUCUACUGUGAAGAUGAACUGUUUAAAAGUAACGACCAGUUGAAUAAUAAAGUGAUGUCUACACAGCAGAAGCAACCACCUAGACGAACUUCAUACAUUAACAACAUCCUGAAUUCUGCGAGCCCAUCCUCUGUACCAGCUUCGUCUUUGAACACGUGUGUUGGUACUGCUAAUUCCCCAGCAGCACCCAACCACACAGCAACCAUUCCUAAUACAAAUAAUGUUUCUGCAUCAGCCUCGCUGACUGCCAACCAUAUCAUUACCACCACUACCUCCUCCAACAACAGUAAUAACAACAACAAUCAUAAUAACAAUAAUAAUAAUGACAGUGAACGUGGUGAUGGAAACAAGAUAAAGAUUUUGCACCUGCAGAAGGAAGAUAAAAAGACCCAAGAUAAUGUAAGUGGCAGUAUUAAUUUUGGAGGCCGACCAGUUGGACGAAGCAAACCUGCAACCAAUGGUCGGAGUGAUAGAACAGAUCGCAACAGAGAGCCUCAGUCCAAGCGCCCUCCCAGGAAACGAAAGUAUACAUCACUUAACCAGUCUGGUUCAGAGCUUGUAGCGCAGGGUUGGGCAUUGGCAGUGCAGUGGGUUGGGUUGGUGGUGCAGGCAGUGGUGUGGCUUGGAAAUCUUGCAACAGAUGUGGUGGUCAUGAGUUCACGUCUUUUUCUUCACCUUAUUAUGCUGAUGUGGGUGAGAUUCUUGGAGUACUGGGUCACUAUCAAGAACACGGCUCGUCACUACUGGAGCAGAUUUUCGACCUUCUGGAAGAGUAACAAGGAAGAAAAGAAGAUACCUGGUCGAGAAAAAAAGCUUCCAAGAGGACUAGAAUGCAACAUAUCAUUACCAACUACUGGUGAUGAGGCUAUGAAACGUCUCUUGGCAUGUAAAGGAAAAGAUCCGUAUAGCAUUUUGGGUGUAGCUCAAGAAUGUACAGAUGAAGACAUCAAGAAGUACUAUAAACGACAAGCAUUUCUUGUGCAUCCUGACAAAAAUAAACAGCCAGGGGCUGAAGAGGCCUUUAAGAUCUUAGCUCAUGCCUUUGAGAUAAUAGGGGAACCAGAACGACGACAUGAAUAUGAUGCUCGUCUUGCAGAAGAAGUGCAGUUAGAGGGUGCGUGGGGAGAAUUGGCAUCUCUUUUGACCCGACUUCAAGAGAAGCUGGAUGAAGCAGCCAAUACCAUACGCUGUACUAAUUGUAACAAGAGGCAUCGUCGUGUCAAACUUUCUAGGCCUAUAUAUGCAGCCAGACAUUGUGCUGAGUGUCAGAUACACCAUGCAGCUAGAGAGGGUGACAUCUGGGCGGAGAGUACUUUUUUAGGUCUUCGAUGGAAGUAUUAUGCAUGUAUGGAAGGUGCUGUGUAUGAUAUUAGUGAUUGGGCAGCAUGUCAGAGUGAGAACCUGAAGCACUUGCAAGCUAACACCCACAGCGUUCAGUAUCGUAUUGUUUCUGGCAAGAAGAGCCCUCCAUCUAAAAACAACGCUCCUGAAUUUCCAAGUGAUCCAGAUUUAGAAGAGUUCUUUAACAACUUGUGUAAGGAAAAGUUUGGAAAGAAUUAUGCUUCAGGGAACAGCCAAGCUGGUGGUCAACAGAUGUCUGAUAUGCGCAAGAGGAAGGGGAAGAAGAAGAAAUGAUUAUAGGUCUGUUUGGGGGGAGGGUUAAGAGAGGGAGAAAGUGCUGAGUUAGAGCAUUGUGAAACAUUCAAUUUUCAAACAUGAUUGUUAAUAUAAAGCUUUUUUGGAGUUUAUUUUCAUCUUAAAAGUACUGCUAAGGAGUAAAUGCACUUGAGCCUUGCAUGAUGUUAGUGCAACUGUGGCUGGGAUUUGGUAGGUGGAAGGUAUUAUUUGCCUAUUUCAAGUGACAAGUUUUUUGGCCUUAAUAGAGCAGCUAAAUCUAAUCUGAAAUAUAAGGGUUGCUGUAAAGAAAAGGUGUUUGUAAAUAAAAUAUACUUAUUCAUCAAAUGAUUGUACCUGUAGGUUGUUGAGUAAUCUCAGUAAUAUAGCUUGAAAGGUGGUAGAAUAUGAAGACAUCAAUAAAGUACUUUGCUGGAGAAAAGCCAUACAUGUUAAUUAAGGCUAAAAAAAAAAAAAUGCUGACUAUUGAAAACAUUGACUCAAAAUUGCUUGCUUCCAUUAAUAUAUUUGGGCUGCCUCCAUUUACAAGGUUGGGCCAAUAGUUGUUGUGCCAAGUGUGCGUGAAGCAUUACACUCGGUACUCUUGUAUAGGCAGUCUUAAUAUUAUUCUAUAGAGAUUCCAAAUCACUUUUCCAAAACAUAUUUUUGCAAACUACAUUGCAGAAGUUCCAUUAAAUUCUUAUUUGAUUCUCUGCCUACCUGAAGUUUUUAUCUCAGAAGAUGUAUUUCUUUUUAAUUUUGAUUUUUAAAGGCGUUAAGUGAAUACAGUAUGGAAUACACACAAAAUAUAUACAAAUUCCUAACUGUAUGCGCUGAGUGUAUAUUAUAUAUACAAAGUUAUUUUUUAUGUUGGGUAUUCGUAGCUGUGAUUAUCAGUAUUGAAGAUAUUGCAGUUUCAAUGUGAAUUUGAUUAAUGGAAAGCUUUUGCAUUUUCACUUUAAAUAUUAAUGUAACCAUUUGCCCAGUUGACGAAAUAUUUAUGUAUUGCAGUAAACCCAGUGAUGAAAAUGUAAAAAAAAAAAAAAAUUAAAUAUACUUUGUUAAUUAUUUUAUAGUGUACAUCACUGGUAAUAUAUAUAAUCAAAUCAUGAUCCUGAUAUUUUAUGUAUUUUUCAUAUAAUACCUAAAAUGGAAAUAAUCAUUUUAGUAAAAGUAAUUUUGUUAUUUUGUGCCUCAACUUUCUCAGUUGAACACUGAACCCCAAGGUUUUAAACACUGCUGUUACACAUGCAUCUUAAGACAGGGAGGCCUUUAGCUAUGUGAUUUAUAUACAUAAUUUUUCUUAAUGGUUAAGUACCAUUUCAUUUUUAUUGCACAUAAUUUCCUACUCAUUUUGUUUUCUCAGUGUUAGAACUACAGUCAGUAGUAAUAUUCUUGGCUCACUUGUGAAGGGUUUAAUGAAGGGUACACAUUGCAACUCAAUUAUAUUCUGCUGAAACUUAUUUUCUGUUAAUAUAGAAACUGUAACAAA